CAAUUCGAUGGUUGGAUACCGACCGAGUGCGUCGGGGUUCCGGGUCCCCAAAUGGGCAAUUUGGCAAAUACUUCUGAAAGUUCAAGGUUGUACCUAUCAAUUAUCAGGCACUCUUGCCCGCCAAGUUCGUCUGUUCGACAAUGGCGACUUCUUAUUCCGUCACCCACUUUCCCUCAUUCUCGAAAACCCUAAGGUGCCCUUUGUACCCAGUUAUCUCCAAACUUUCAUUGACCUUCAAGCCCUCUUCAAAGUCCCUGAAACUAAGGGCAGUUCUAUCAGAAAAGGCUACGACGGUCACGAAUGAUGCACCAGCGACCAGAUUCCAGCAUUGUUUCAGUAAAUCCAAGGAUUUUCUCUAUUGCGAGGGUGUUAAAGUACAAGACAUCCUGGAUUCGGUGGAGCAAAGACCGUUCUAUCUCUACAGUAAGCCCCAAAUAUCUCGGAACUUCGAAGCGUAUCGGGAAGCUUUGGAGGGGCUGAAAUCGAUCAUAGGAUACGCAAUCAAAGCCAACAACAACCUGAAAAUUCUCGAGCAUUUGAGACAGUUGGGUUGCGGUGCGGUGCUUGUUAGCGGGAACGAGCUGAAGCUAGCGCUUCGUGCAGGUUUCGACCCCACGAGGUGUAUAUUUAAUGGAAAUGGAAAGCUCUUGGAGGACCUUGUGCUAGCUGCCCAAGAAGGAGUAUUUGUUAAUGUUGAUAGUGAAUUUGACUUGAACAAUAUUGUAUUAGCAGCAAGAAUAGCUGGGAAGAAGGUUAAUGUGUUACUUCGGAUCAAUCCAGAUGUAGAUCCUCAGGUCCAUCCUUAUGUUGCCACUGGGAACAAAAAUUCAAAGUUUGGUAUUAGAAACGAGAAGUUGCUAUGGUUUCUUGAUGCUGUGAAAUCACAUCCUAAUGAGCUGAAGCUUGUAGGGGCCCAUUGCCACCUUGGAUCCACCAUAACCAAGGUUGACAUAUUCACGGAUGCUGCCAUCCUCAUGGUGAACUAUAUUGACCAAAUCCGUGCCCAAGGCUUUGAUAUUCAAUACUUGAACAUUGGUGGUGGUCUAGGAAUAGAUUAUCAUCACUCCGGUGCUGUCCUUCCAACACCCAUGGAUCUCAUUAACACUGUCCGGGAUUUGGUCCUUUCUCGAGACCUUAAUCUCAUUAUUGAACCUGGGAGAUCACUUAUAGCCAACACAUGCUGUUUGGUUAACCAUGUCAUUGGAGUCAAAACAAAUGGAACAAAAAAUUUUAUUGUGGUUAAUGGAAGUAUGGCAGAGCUGAUCCGACCCAGUCUUUAUGGUGCUUAUCAACACAUAGAGUUGGUUUCUCCCCCACCACCCAAUGCAGAGGUUUCCACAUUUGAUGUGGUAGGUCCUGUGUGUGAAUCAGCAGAUUUCCUGGGAAAGGAUAGAGAGCUCCAUACUCCAGAUAAGGGUGCAGGGUUGGUAGUGCAUGAUGCAGGGGCAUAUUGCAUGAGCAUGGCAUCAACCUACAAUCUGAAGAUGCGACCACCUGAGUAUUGGGUCCAAGAUGAUGGAACUGUGGCAAAAAUCCGACAUGGGGAGACAUUUGAAGAUCAUAUUAGGUACUUUGAGGGCCUCUAGUUACAUAUUUAUGGACCAACAACUUAACAAGUAACAAUUUCUUGGGCACUGGAAUAGGAGACUGGAGUUUUGAUUUUAUUAUUUGUGUACAUCGCUUGGUUGUAACUUGCAAGCAUUAGAAUUGGUAUGCAUCGGAUUAUUCUGUUAUCCAUUGGAAUGUUUAUCUUCUAUGCCAACUUAUCUACUUACAUUUGACUUUGUAAAGGAAUAAAAGAAAAAACUUGAAGUUCA